AUGGGGCAAUCCAGUAACCGGAUCCCGGAGGCACAGUUCCUGGCAGCGGGGAGACUGGAAACAGGCGGUCCACUGCACCCAGGAAACAGUGGGGUCGUGCAGAGUCAGUCAGGGAAUGCCAAGGACCACCGGAAACCGGGCAUCAAUGCCAAUGCAGAAUGCAAUGAAAUCGCCCAGCGCCGCUGGCAGAAUGACCCAAGCCACUUCAUCUUUGAUCGCAGAAUUCAGCCCCAAGCAGAAAUGAAAACGCUGCACAGCCUCAUUCCACUGCGUGUUGGCUGCAAGGCAGCGAAACUUGGCCUCGUAGUUGGCGACAGAUCUCUGCCCUUGCCGCAAGGACUGUGGCGCCUGUUCUGCGGAAAUGGUGCUCAGAGAGGGCGGGCUGCAGCGGCGCGCAAGGCGCUUCCAGGAACUGAGGCUCACUUCGAGAGGAACGUGGCUAACCGAGAAGCCAUGAGGAGCCUCGGCACACACUGCCUCUUGCUCAUCGCUUGUCUUCUAGCCGAAACCUCCGGGGGAAACAUCACGGCAGUCCUGGGAGGCUCUGCAACUUUCCAGGUGGAGACGGCGAAAGAAUUUACGCUGAUUUCCUGGACUAGGAGCCUUGGAAGAAAAGGAACUGAAAUUCUUGCCUAUCUGAAACCCAAACCACCGUGUGAGGCCACUAUUCUCAUCCCAGCGUUUUCCAAGCGAAUGAAUGUCUCCGCGGACUGCAAGCAGCUGCACAUCCACGAGCUCCGUCGAACUGACUCUGGGCUAUACACAGCACAAACACAGCUGCAGGGACAGCAAGAACCACUGAGGCAGACCUUCCAGCUGGGGGUUUUCAAGCGUUUGUCGGAGGCUGACUUGCUUCUCCGCUGCGAGGGACACGAGAACAGCACUUGGCUGCUGAGCUGCUCCACGCAGGAGCGGGACGAAGGUGUGGAAUUCAGCUGGGCCCCCACCAGCAGCAGUGUUCCCGCCCCUGGGAAUCCCCUCCUCAUCCGGCACGGGCCACAGGACCCCGAUCUGAACGUCACCUGCACCGCACGGAACCCGCUCGGCCCCGCAUCCAGGACAGCAUCCCUAGCACAGCUUUGCACCGCUCAAGCUGAGUGCACAACGGCGAGGCCUGUGACGGAGUCUGCCUGGGAGAAUGGAGGCGGGAAUGGCGAAACCACACGGGCUUGGGUUGUAGUAGUGACAAUUACAUUUGGGCUUGUACUCGUUGCCCUUCUACUCGCUGUUUUUUGGAAAAAAAGAGGGUUCCUCCGGAAGCGGACGGGUUUUGCCACCCCCUCAGAGCCCAAAGACGGCAUGACUCUUUAUGUCCAGGUUGAAAGCAUUCCUGCGCAAAGAGAACCAGCAAAGGCAAGCCAGGAAACGGCCCAAGCGCUCUGCGUCACUGUGCAGCAUCCCGUCGUGAAUUCUCUGCAAACGGAUGACGAGAAGAUGCAGAAGGAAAGAUGGAGAGCCGUGAAGGACAGCGACAAAACUGUUUACUCAGAGGUCCAGUUGCAAGAGAAGGAGGACCAGAACAUCAAGACUGUCUACGAGACCCUGAACCACCCGAAGCCCGGGGGUGCUCUCUGAUGAACGCAGCAGCCCGGAAGGAUGUGGAGGACGGAGCAGGAGCCCGCAGCGCGAGGAGCCCCCGCCUCCCACAGCAGUGCGCCGACCGGCACUGGCGCAGGAGGGACUGCAGCUGCCUGGACCUGCGAUGUCUCCGCACAGAGUCCGGGCGCACUCCGGGCAGUCUCCACAUCCAGAGGGCCGGCCGGGCCGGCAGAGGCACUAGCCACGCUUCGGCAGGUUUCCACAGGCUAACGUCUGAAAGGUGCAGCCACAGCGUCUCCUGAUGUGCGUGAGACUCCCCAGCCCAUGUGGUGGCACCUUUCGGACCCAGCCCGUCCUGAGAGUCUUGCAGAAAACCGGCUCCUGCUGUUGCAGGCGUGUCUGAAAGGCCUUGAGUUACUCCCAGCUGCCGCCUUUCCUGCCCCUCGCUUGCCCCAACGGGCUUCAGCGCUCAGCUUGCAAAACAUGCUUAGCCUUUCAUUGUCCUUCGGCACCCAAGCUGCCCCUUACCGAAUCAUAGAACGGUAGAGUUGGAAGGGGCCAGGAAGGCCAUCAGGUCCACCCCCUGCUGGAGCAGGACACCAGUUUGCACCACCCAAUUCAGAAGGCUGUCCAGUUUCUUUCUGAAUACCUCCAGUAUAUUCAGUAUAUCUCCAGGCAGUUGGUCUCACUGUCGUGUUGCUCUGACAGAGAGGAAGCUUUUCCUGAUGUCCAGCUUGAGUUUGGGUUGUUGCAACUUGAACUGAUUACUCUGUGUCCUGCACUCUGGG